AUGAGUGCUCCAAAUGAAAUCGUUUGGUUGGGCAAACUUUUCUUGUUCAGAUUGAACAACAAAGUCGUCGAUACCUUUGAAUCUUCCAAGAAGAAGUUCUUGAAGUUUGAAUCUUCCAAGAAUAAGAUCUUGAAGAAGUUCAAGAACAAGAAAGCAAAGAAGGUUGAAGUAUUUGAAGUAGUUGAGGUGGUUGAGCAGGUUGAGGUUCAGCAGCCCACAAGAAUCAUUCAUGUCAGAAUGGAGAUUACUAAGACAUGUUGUCCAAUUUGUGGAGAUCGUUAUGAAGUUGUGGCUCAAUUUCGGGAGCGACUUCAAGCCGCUGGCGGAGCGGAUAUUUAG